CUUCUUCUUGCCUUGUUUACAACAGCCACUGAUGGUGGAUACGGAAGUAACUUACAGAACGCGCGCCUGUAAUUUUUUGCAAUGGAGAGAGAUACUGCUGCAAUCACUUUAAUUAAAGCUCUUGGGUAUAAAAGCAGAGAGUGCUUGAAGGAAUGUAAAUGUGAUGAAUUGCCUUGUCCGCUGCUCACCUGGUUGGUCGCAGAACUAAGAGCAAAUUGUCCUGAUGUUCCAGCACGGCAUGUUGGUGGUGCAGUUCUGGUCGGAGAGCUGAGGGAAGUGCUGAAGGAGAUGUCCUGUCCUCAGGACGCACUUACAUCAGAGCACCUUAGCCCACUUCUGUUGUUCAGAGUGACCGAGUAUUUGGUGUCAGAGUUGGCGGCGACACGCGUGCUGAUGUACAGAGAGAGUCAUCCGGAAGAUACAGAACAGAGUUGUGAGUCAAAGGGAAAAGAGCAAAGAAAAUGGGAAAGUCUUAAUAUGGGCAAUAAAGAUGAGCAACAGGAAAUCAGUCCAGCACAAGAGGAUAAAAUUAAUUUGAAGGAAGUAAAUAAAGAUCUAGCAGAACUCUUUCAGACUCUUGGCUUAGAAACAUCCUCUCAGAUAAGUGAUGCCUGUGCAGAGGUGCAGUCACGGCUGACAUCGCUUCCAGAAGGUGAAGUGCCAGAAGCAUUAUUGAAGUCCAGUCUGAACUCCGAGCAAUGGAAAAAGAUUAAUGACAUCAACAGAGCUCUCUGUAAGGAUUCUGAAUGUCGGUGCCAAAUGAUGAUCAAGCGUUUCCAUGUCACACUACAAUCCUUUACUUGGGGAGAGAGGGGAGAGGAACGCAGUGCUUUGCUUUCUUCUAUAUCACCCUGUACACCUUCUCUUGAGUCCUCUGUCUCCAUCGCUAAGCUGUUGGCGACCAGGGAGGACGAGUCUCGCAUCAGGCCAGUUAAAGCAGGGCCUUCAACAGCAGUUCACAAGGUGCUGAUGGGCAGUGUGCCAGACAGAGGGGGACGUCCAGGAGAGAUCGAGCCACCGAUGCCCAGCUUCACCAGUCGCAGCGGGGGAGGAGGUGGUCAUCGUUAUGAAAGAAAAAAACGAGAAUUUUCAGGAAAGAAGAAUAAAGACAAACAGAAUCAGAAUUAGAAGGGUUUUUAGGGCUAGUUUUGUAACUGACACAACACAACAAAAGAGCUUUAUGUUAAAAGAAGACAAUAUUUCCCAUUGAAAUAUUUGACAUAAAUGAUCAUGGACGUUUAAAAAACAAAAAAAUCCUAUUUAAUGUUGCAAAUUACUUAAUGCGCUUAAUGCAUUUCAUUUGAUGAACAAAAAUGUGAUAAAAUCAUUUCAGUGAAAUGUAUAAAUACGAAUGGCUACAAGCUGUAUUUACUUGAUGAAAUUAUUAAAGUCAAUUAUGUUUCCUUUGAAAUUGAA